UCAAAGUUCCUACUUGGGUUACCCUGUUGCACAGAAAACCGGUAUCACAUUGAGUAGUCCAGGGCAGGAAGUUGCCAAAGGAGAAGAGCCUUAUCGUCUGGUACCAAGGCGUGUCUGACGUCUGCGGCACCAUUGUGUUGAUCAGCUGAGUGCCUGGUUCAAAGACGCCUGAGUCCCUGUGCCCUGCUGGCCAGCAGAGUCUGAUGGCGGCCGCUGAGCAAGGACUACAGCCCCAGGACUGUGUGGCAUUUAAGGACGUGGCUAUCUACUUCUCAGAGGAAGAAUGGACACUUCUUGAUGACUCUCAGAGGUUCCUGUACUGCAGAGUAAUGAUGGAGAUCUUCGUUAUGGUGACCUCAUUGGGACUUGUACCUUCUGAGAUCCGUGACAUCACUCACCUGGAGUCUUCAGGAGAUCCCUUCACCCAUGCACUGAGAUUCCUGACUCCAGGAUAUUGGAACAGAGAGGCGAGACAUUGCCCAUUGAGCAGAGUACUUCUGCAGAACAAGGGAUUAACACAGCCAUGCUUAAACAGCAGAAGCUGACAUGUGGUGAGGAACCCCUACAAAGAGAACAGAUCGGGAUCCCAGCCAUGAAGACCAACAGAAGUGGCCCGUCAGAGAAGAUUUCACAAAGCACAAAUGAUGUGAUGGACUUCCAGGAGUCCUCAAAUCUUCUUGAGUCUCAGAUGACCCCCAGUGCCAGACAGCCACACAGAAGCUCUGAGAAUGCAGAGUCCAUUCACACCAAGAAAAGAAACUACAAAUGCACUGAGUGUGGCAAAGCCUUUAGUUACAAGUUCCGGCUUAUUCGACACCAGAAAAUACACACUGGAGAGAGGCCUUUUAAAUGCAGUCAGUGUGGGAAAUCCUUCCGCCAAAAUGCCCAUCUUGUUGUACACUUGAGCACUCACACUGGAGAAAAGCGUUUUCAAUGCACUAAGUGUGGAAGAGCUUUCAAUUAUAAAAACUCUCUCAUUCAUCAUCUGAAUGCUCACAAUGGAAAAAUGCCUUAUAAGUGUAGUCAAUGUGGGAAAUUAUAUAGGAACAAAUCCAGCUUAAUAUGUCAUUAUCGAGUUCAUACUGGAGAAAAGCCCUUUGUGUGCAGCAAAUGUGGGGAAUCAUAUAGGAACAGAAUCAGCCUUGUAAGUCAUUAUCGACUUCAUACUGGUGAAAAGCCCUAUCAGUGCGAUAAAUGUGGAAAGUCAUUCAAGGAAAAAUCCAACCUUUUUUAUCAUGGCCGAGUGCAUAAUGGCGAAAGACCUUUCCAGUGCAGUGAAUGUGGAAAGUGUUUCAUCCAAAAUUGUCACCUUGUGAAACACCAGAGAGUUCAUAACACUUCCUUCGUGUGCAAUGAGUGCGGGAGUGCCUUUACUUCAGGUUACAGCCUCCUUAGACAUGAGAGAGUUCACACGGCAACAAAGCAAUAUAAGUGCAAGGAGUGUGACAAAGUGUAUUGCUAUAGUUCUGGCCUCUAUAAACAUCGGAAGGUUCACAAUAGAUGAGCAGGAGUCAUGAAUGCGGGAUGUCCUUUAGUCAUCUAACUUAAACACCUGAAAAUUCACUGGAAAAAACUUAAAAGGCUUCAAAUAUGGAGAACCUUCUCCCAGACCAGCAUUUGGUGGACUCCUCAUCAGGCGAGUCUCUUGCUGGUAAUUAAUUGAGAGACCCGCGACUGGACAGAUAGUGAGAGACUUUGGAUCCCUAAGCCCUAAAUAGGAUGUCUUCUUCAAACCCCUCCCCUCAAGGGAUCUCUGUGGAAGAGGAGGCAAAAAGAUUGUAUGAGCCAGAGGGAGUGGAUGACUCCUAGGAAAGAGAAAGUCUGCUUACAACAGGACUGAUAUAAAACCCACAGAGGCUGUGCCAGCACAAGACAGAUUUAAACUAGACGAAAUCUUAGUACUGACAAGGGGAAGUGCCCACAAAAUCCCAUUUCUAAGCGAGAAGCAAGUGAUACCUGCUGAGAAAAGGAAAAUCAAGUUUUCUCCACUGGACAGUUGUUAGGUAUGUCAACCACACUCUUGGGCAAACUCUAUGCCCAGAAGUAGACGGCCAACAGAAAACGGACUUGUGUGUGCGUGUGCGCUUUGUUUUGGUGUUUUGUUUUUUUUUUUUUCAUUGUUUUUGGU